AUUCCCGGCAGCACCGGGAGAGGGGGCGUGGCGGCGGGGCGGGGCGAGCCAGGAGAGCCCGUAGAGGUCAUUCUAGUCCAACCGCUCGCUUUACCGAGACGAAAGCCAAGGUUCUGACGUGUCGGGGUCCCACUGGGCCUCGAUCGUCGACGACUCGGAGAACCCCAGGCUUGAAGUUUCCUAGCCCGGAGGAGAGGUCGCCAGAAGUGCGAGAUGCAAGCAGGGAAGGCCAAUUCUGUGAAAACGGACAUUCUCCAGGAGGCCAAGGGUCACCGCAGCACCAUGACUGAGUCUGGCAAGCCCAUCCUCUAUUCCUACUUCCGAAGCUCCUGCACAUGGAGAGUUCGAAUAGCUCUGGCCCUGAAAAGCAUCAACUAUGAGACAGUACCCAUCAACCUCAUAAAGGAUGGGGGGCAGCAGUUCUCCGCAGAAUUCCAGGCGCUGAACCCCAUGAAGCAGGUGCCAGCCCUGAAGAUUGAUGGACUCACCAUUGGCCAGUCGCUGGCCAUCAUCGAGUACCUGGAGGAGACCCGGCCCACGCCCAGACUCCUGCCUCAGGACCCCAAGAAGAGGGCCCAAGUGCGCAUGAUCUCCGACCUCAUCUCCAGCGGCAUCCAGCCCCUGCAGAACCUGUCUGUCCUGAAGCAAGUGGGAGCGGAGAACCAGCUGGCCUGGGCCCAAAAAGUCAUCAGUUCUGGAUUUAAUGCUCUAGAGAAGAUCCUGCAGAGCACAGCGGGCAAGUACUGUGUGGGAGAUGAGGUGACCAUGGCUGACCUAUGCUUAGUGCCUCAGGUGGCAAACGCUGAAAGGUUCAAAGUGGAUGUCACCCCCUACCCUACCAUCAGUCGCAUCAACAAGUCACUGCUGGCUUUGGAGGCCUUCCAAGUAUCUCACCCGUGCCGGCAGCCGGACACCCCCCCUGAACUGAGAGCCUAGUGCUCAAGCCCAAGCUCAGGGGUGUGGGGGCAGGCCAGGGUAUGCCAGAGCAGAAGCUGGGUGUGCUACACAGUCCUGGAAACAAGUGAGCCUGGCUGGAGAGGAAGGAGACCUGCACUGGCUCUGGUUCUGCCUUCCCACUGGUUCUGGUUCUGCCUUCCCACUGAAACUCUUCCUGCCUCAACCCUCCCUCCCCCCAUUUUCCAGUGUAGACAAAAACGGGGUGGGAAGAUGCUGAGGGGGGGGGGUUCAGCACAAACAUACCUGUUAUCUGCAUCACUAGGCAGUCAUGAAGAUGACAUGAGGUUUGCCAGAAAGCUAUUAGGAAGCUUAACCCCCACUAUGCCUGCCUCCAAAAUGCCCACCCCUAAAUCUGGUCAUUAAACUGAAGCCC